CAUUGGGGCCGGGAAGCGGACAUCGUGGGCCACACCAGGAGGCAGGAGGAGCUGCCAGGAGAAAAGUUUGCACAGGCUGUGGGGAUGGAGGAGACGCCGGGGGCGGACCGCCCGUCGGAGAAGUGGCGAAUCUCAGCCCCUCCUCCCGCCCCCAGUCCCCGGGAGCCGUAAGUAGCGGCAGCGCCGAGCACUGUUACUGGAGGGCUGCGGCCCGGCGGAGCGUCGGGAGCGGCAUGAGCGAGGUGAAAUUGGCCGUGCUGGGCGGCAGCGGGGCCGGCAAGUCGGCGCUGGCGGUGCGAUUCCUGACCCGGCGCUUCAUCGGAGAGUACGCGUCCAACGCCGAAUGCAUCUACACUAAACACUUUUGUCUGGAUGGGAAGCAGAUACACUUGGAAAUUUAUGACCCUUGUUCACAGCAGGGGAAGCUUUCCCUCACAGAUGAGCUCCACUGGGCUGAUGGAUUCAUCAUUGUUUAUGACAUCAGUGACAGAGCAUCAUUUGCAUUUGCAAAAGCAUUGCUAUACAGGAUCCAAGAGUCUCACAUAGGAGCUUGUAAAAAAAUGGUUGAGUCAACAGUGUUUUUGGUUGGUAACAAACAGGAUUUAUGCCAUAUGAGAGAAGUCGGCUGGGAUGAAGGUCAAAAGCUGGCGAUGGAUAACAAGUGCCAAUUCUGUGAAUUGUCUGCUGCAGAACAUUAUCAGGAAGUUGUGGCAAUGUUCACAAAAGUUCUGAGGAGUAUCACCUCAAAUCUCAAGGCAAAGGAAAAGAGAAGACCAAGUGGAUCAAAAUCAAUGGCCAAGUUAAUCAACAAUGUGUUUGGAAAGAGAAGGAAAUCUGUGUAAAAGAUGGUUAGUCUUGAAGUAGGAACAAGCUGAAAUAGUGGAGCACAAGCAGCUUUGGGAUUCAGUCAACUUCCUCUGCGGGUCAAUGUCUGGAGGAAUAAGAUGGUAUAAAAACCAAAGGUGGGAGAUAAUAUGGUCAAGGAGCAGGACCUAGGCCUAGGAGAUACGACCUCUAUCUUCAGUUCUACAGCAGAUUUAUUGUGCUAGGGCUAUGUCACUUAAUCUCUAAGCUUCUUCCAACCAUUAUCUCCUAAGUUACUCCUUAAGUAACUUAGUAACUCCUUCACAGAAGGUGAGUUUUGUUACAUAUUUAUUCAGCACCAACAUGGUCAUGGGUGGAGCUUUUAGGUGCAGCUGAGAAUAAACUGUUAUUUACAAUAAACUCAGUCUUGCUGACCAAACUCUUUCUUGAGAGCUUGAGAUAUAGUUCUUUUGUGCAAGAACUCCUUCACUAAAGAAAAGUAAAAUACUCUUACUGAAUGCAAGGAUGAACAGUUCAGAACCUCUAAUGGUUUAAAGGUGUUUGACACCUGCUGAUAUUAAUAAGAAUUUAAUGCUUGGACACCAAAUCUAUCAUCAUAUCUAUCGUCAAAGCUGCCUUGUGGAGACAUCAGAAGUAGGGAAGCAUAUAAACAGAGUGGUAUUGUCUCCAGUUCCAGUAUCUUUUUGGUUUUGAAUGAUAAAAGAAAGUAGAGAGCACUGAGGAGGUUAGGAACUGAAAAGUGGUAGUGGGUGAGCAUUGGACGGCUUCAGUGAGAUCUUUGUUCAGUGAAAUUGUUUAAAGCUAGGAUCAGUGUAACGUCUUAGGCUGAUGACUUUCCCAGAACAGUUUUCCUGAGUUGUAACACAGUUUCUUUAAAAGACAGAUUUGUCAGUUCAAGUAUUUGAUGUCUGCCUGCUGGUAGGAGCCAUGCUCCUAAAUUGCGCAGUGCUUUUUCUAAGGACCAGUGCUUUUACAACUGAGUCAUUGUGAUGGUAUUGAAAUCCUGCUUGAGAGAGUACUAAGGAAUAUGUUAGCUAUGCUUUGAAAUGUGGAUAUUAAACAUCAGAUGGGUCUAAAUAAGCUGUCAGUUAACAUUCAGAGCUCUUGCUGUAGACUUACCUAAAUAAGGGCUUACCCCUGUGUGUUUGAAAUUGCUUUGCUCAUACAGAAAUUAGAAAGGGAAGUGGUUUGAAAGCGUACUACUGCCUCCUGCCCAUUCCAGAGGACAGCUGGAAUUCAGUCUUAGUGACAUGCUACCCUGAAGCUUGCCUCUGCUUGGGAAUGUUAUCUGCAUUUUAAACUAUUAACAUUAUAGGUAAGGACAAAAUACUGAUUUUAAAAUGUCCACCUCCAUAAGAUGGCAUAUAGAAAGCCAUACAAUCUUAAUGUAAAUAAAACUGAAGCAUAUUUUAGUAAUUAUUGAACAGAGAGCCCUUGCUUUUUUUAAGGAAAAAAAAUGUAUUUCCUAUUUACUUAUUUUAUUUUAAAAGUACAGAUAUUGGAAUAUAGUUCUCAGCCACAGCACUGCUUUAUUUUUAUUCAGAGGCUGCUCUAUCAGAUCAGGAAUAGUGUAUUUAAUAUUGCAUUGUCAUUAUCUAUGAAAUUGAACUUGAAGUCUACUCAUGUACACCUCUCAUAUUUUCAGCACACAGAAUUCCAGAACAACUGCUAGGCUGUUCAUCUGCCAGGGCAGCUGUAUCUUGCUAGCUCUAGCAUUGUCUGAUUCUGAACCUCUUACUGUAUUUACUACUGUGGUAUUAAAUAAAUGGAAUAUAAGAUGGA